AUGGCUUCUAAAAGUUAUCAGUUUGUUGGCUUCGCCAUUGUUACAAUUAUUCUUCCCACAAUGGCCAUGGCAACUGAUUACAUAGUUGGUGAUGAUGAAGGCUGGAACGUUGGCGUUAACUACACUGACUGGGCUAAGGACAAAUUGUUUUAUGUUGGUGACAGAUUAGUGUUCCAGUACAAGUCACCAAACAAUGUGUACAAAGUGAACGGAGAUCAGUUCAAGAAUUGCAUACCAUCCAAUGAUCUUUUGAACACUGGAAACGACACCGUUCCUCUAAGCAAACCAGGAAAGAAAUGGUACAUUUGCGGUGCUACUGGUCACUGUGAGCAAGGCCAGAAGCUAGUCAUUAAUGUCGAAUCUAAUGGUCCAGCAUCAUCACCAGCACCAACUCCAGAACCCAAUGGUUCCGACGCAUUUAUCUCAUCUUGGUUUCACAUUUUGAUUGCAGCUGUGGUUGCAAUAGCAAUCGUUACAGUAUGAUCUCGAGAAUCAUCAUAGACAUAUUGAGUUUGCUUCUCAAUAAUAAGGUUUUACUAUGGAUACAGUGAAUAUUAUUAUUUUAUCAUUUUUACUUUUGUGUUGUGAUGCAGCGC